AUGUUCAAGGUUCUCGCUCUGGCUGUUGCUGCCAGUCUUGCUGCGGCUGACCCGACCGUUUACUUCAUUCGUCACGGCGAGAAACCUAGUGACGGCGGCAAUGGGUUGAGUACUCAAGGUGUUGAGCGCGCACAGUGCUUGCGCUCUGUUUUCGGAGCUAGUUCUGGAUACAACAUUAGUUAUAUCAUGGCCGAGACUCCUGAGAGUAAUGGCAAGCGUGCUCGUCCUUAUGACACUGUCGAGCCACUUGCUGCUGACCUGGGUCUUACUGUUGAUACCUCAUGCGACAAAACCGACGAGAAGUGUGUGAAGAAAGUGGUUGAUAAUUACACUGGUUCCGGCAAUAUCCUUAUCUGCUGGGAGCAUGAUGAGUUGACUCUGAUUGCUGAAAAGUUGGGUGACAGUGAUGCUCCCGAUUACCCGGAUGACAGCUACGACAUCAUCUGGACUGAUCCCUAUCCGUAUGAUAGUAUUACUGCCGAGACUAGUGAGAACUGCCCUGGUCUGGACAGUUAG